AUGCCCAACGUCCGAGCCUGCGAUGCCUGCAAGCGCCGCAAAGUCAGAUGUGACGCAGGCAGCCCUUGUGCCAACUGCCGCAUCUCCCAGCUCCGAUGUGAAUACAGAAUUGCUCCCCGGAAGCGCGGACGCAAGGCAAAGGAGCAAGUUACGGGAAUUGAGAUUGCUGGAACUCUCGAGCCUACACAGGGUGAGAGUCACAACAGCCUUCUUCCGCUAGAAAACCACUUUCCUACACGUACAUGCUUCAAUGGGCAGCCCGAGCAGCCCUCGUCUGGUUCGCACCCACAGCCCGAGAGCCCGCCAGUCAAUCUCGGCCAGACGCAUCAUGCGAGAGAAAUCUAUGUGCAACUAGUUGCUUUGGUCAACUCCAUGACUAUCUCGGGGUCCAUAGAAAAUGUCAUCAAUAUCUGCAUAGAUCUCUUCGCUCAGUACAUCUUUCCCAACUCGCCGGUAGCCCACCAACCCACCCUCCGUGCAGCUGCGUCGCUUUUCCGAGAAGCAAAUCAUCCGAACUGGAUGGAUAUGUCGCCAUUCUCCGAAGGGAAUCCAGCGCUGUACAAGAUCAAAGCCUUCACGCUCAUCACUGCCCUCUGCGCGUUCGUUGCAUCCAUUGUACCCGAUUCGCUCCUCCACCAGCCACGCGCGCUCUCGCAGCCAUUCCUGCAGUCAUCGAAAGCGAUGCUAAGAACGUACGAGGAACAUGACCUCGAGUAUCCUGACUCGACUUCAUUGACGAUCCGGAUGUGGUUGUCUGCCGCCUCACAGAACACCACGGGCAAGCCCGGCGCGACGUGGAAUUACCAAGGAGAGGCAGUUAUGUUGGCCCAGAGGCUCCGGCUCUACGAUGAGCUGGCCGUCGCUCGGGACACGGUGCUCGAAUCUCAGCUACUGCGUGCAAUAUUCUGGGCGCUAUAUCUGUCGGAAAUGGCCACGGCAGCUCUUGAAAACCGCCCAGUGAUGAUGCAUGAGCUUCUAUUCGAUGGCGAGUUGACCCUGCUCGAGCAUGGUGAACAUGAAGAACCGCUACUCGAAGAGAGCAAGUUCAACCAGGGGCAUCUACAGAGUCGCCUGGCAAUGGGUUUCCAAUUGAAGCGACGAAUUUGGUCUUCGGCAGCCGACCUGGUUGUUGACAUCAAGUCAUUGAAACGCCGUCAAAAGCAAGGCCGAGUGGCAGAAGCUGAUGCAAGGCUCGAAGUAGCCAAUUUUAUGGAUGCGUAUCUAGACUUUGCGGGUUUGCUAGAUAGUUUGCCUCCGUGGUUACGCGAUCCCGAUAGCCCGGUUGACUUAGUUUGUGAUGACAAAGAGGUUGUGGAAUACCAGAAGACGUGCUUCUGGUCGCAAAGAAGCAACAUUACGAAUGUUUUCUACUGCACUAGCCUUGUUAUUCUGCAGAAGUGCAUCGAAAACAAUGUUCCAUCCAUCAUGGGACUCGACGAUAACCCACUUUCAUGGGCAGCAAGGAAGCUUGAGAUCGUUCAAAACUUUCUUCAAGAGUUGCAGCGAGUACCCUUCGUCUGCCUGAAGGUCCAGGGAGAAGCAGGUGUUGAACGAGUCCGACGCGUUGGUAGCCUCCUCCUCGAAAUGGUGCACAAUAUCGGGAAACAAAGCAUUAAGGAGCGCGCGAAGUCCCACGUUACACAACUGCUGAGCAUUCUGGCAAAAUUAGACUCGAAGGCUUGCGAUGAACUGGACGAAGUGGUUGCUAUGUGA